AUGAGGCAGCUUGCGCUAAAAUUCCGCGAGAUUCGUUUUGAGAAUUCUGAAAGCAAAGUAGAAGCAUCAGAUCUUCGCACUCUAGUGGCUGCCCACUUGAACUUGGCUUCAUGCUACCUGGAAUCUGAGGCUCCAGAUGCAGCUCUGAAGCAUGCUUCAACAGCUGCACAGUUGAGCGGCCAAGUGCUGACAAGGACACCAGAUUCAAUAGGAGAUGUACCAGCAGAACCGACCGAAAACGACUUUGCGAUGUUGGCUGUUUCCUUUCACAAGGUUGCAGAAGCACAUGAGGCUCUGAAGGAAUGGGGCAAAGCAAUAUUUGCUCAUACACAGGCACGUGAGGCGCAAGAUCCAGCAGACAAUACAGUAUCAGGUAGAUGCAAAGAGCAGGGAAACAGCAUCCACCGAAUUCACCGCAUUUAUAUGCAUUUACAGUAUAUGUUUUUGAUAACUAUUAUUAUUAUUACCAUUUAUCCAUGUCAUAUGUUAUAUAUUAUUUCAUCAGUGUCUCUGCGGUCUCUGACAAUCUGCAACAUGAGAUAA